AUGCGCUACGGAAGCUUUGCAGCAAGCAUGACGGGCAACGUUAUUUUUGCCGGGAGGGAGCUGGCGAAAUGCUCCUGGCCAGAUGUGUGCUUUUACGUGCUCAUCAUGGUAUCCUGGACGACUGGCUCAUGCCUGUAUAUCGAGAUUGAGAAGAUUUGCCCCCGAAAGGGUGGAUCAUGGACUGCCAUUGCUGUGGCCUUGAUAUCAACUGCCGUGGACGUUGCCUACAACAUCGAUUCCUUCGACGGCAAGACUAGUAGGUGGUGGAUUCUCGGGCUCAUUCCCAUCUUCGGUGUAGCAGAGGCCUUUGCGCUCAAACAUUUGCGGCUCCCGACAACGGGUGUGGCCAAGCAUCUCUUCAACAUCUCAAGGCUCCGCGAGGUGUCCUGCAGGGAGGCGGCAUCUGCAGAUCGGGAGGAUGUCAUGCUCAGCGCCGUCAUGCUGGGUGGGAUGAUUUGUGGUGCAGUGCUUGGCGAGCGCCUGGUUGCAACUUUUGGGCUGCAGGUGCGGUGGUGUUUUAUGCCUGUAGCACCACUUGUGGCGUUGGCUGUUUGCGUGCAUGAGUGGCUACACUCGCGAGCGGCCUGCAGAGACGGCCAAGACUUGGAAGUAGGAUCCGACGAGGAGGAAGAUGAGAGCGACUCCUGA